AUGGCUCCCAGGACCAGGUUACUGACGCGCCCACAGGCGCAGGAGGUUCUCAUAGGCCUCAUCGGGCGGAUACCCCCACAUUGGUUCGACAACUAUUGGGGGAAGGCUAUCGUAGGUGUUAUUAAAGCCGUCGCCAUUUGUGGCGCCGACGUGGACAUCCCCCAGCAUUCUUUAACUGUGGAUCUACAGGAAAAGAUUAGUCACUUCUUGGGACUGUUCUACGGGGAUCGUCAACUCGGCGGGCUUAAGUCGGACACUGCCAGUUACUUUCGAUACCUCGUCAAUGCUAUUGUGGUCACUGAAGUAACCGAAGAGGCCAUCAGCUGGGUCUUGCCCGUCGAUAUAGACAAGGCACCGGGAGACUUGGAGGCCAUGCUCUCCAAGCCGCUCCAGCUCGAAGCCUGGCCACUACCAUCGAAACCAGCACUACCAGAGAACGAGCGCCCUAGCCCUAAUGGCAGCCGGGUGAGGAAGCACGGCAAGUUCCUGGAAGAUACGGUGCUCGAUUUGCUGGAGAAUGCCGUACGGUGGGAGGAUUUCGACCAAGUAGCCAAGAAGGCCAGAACUUUGGAGACGUGUCUCGCGAAUAACCCACCACACGAUCUAGAGUUCGAAGAACGGCAGAAACAGGCCAGAGAGCGGCGGGCGCAGAAGUCACUGCAACUCAAAGAUAGUUUCGAACAGACAUCUCAUCAGAGUGAAGAGGAAUAG